UUGUUCCAUUCUUGUUUUUAACAGAGUUAGGGCUCCAUUCUUGCAAACAAUAAUUUGAACAAUUCUCAGUUUUGAUCGGAGAGAGAGAGAGAGAGAGAGGAGUAUGAAGCAAUCUAAAGAUCCAUUUGAAGUAGCAUUUGAGGAACUAGAUGAGGAAUCACCACCCGAUUCACCUCUUCCCCCAGACGGGAUCGAAACUCAAACUCAAAUUCACGCCCAUGAAUCUGCAGCUGAAGAAGAACAGCUUGCAAUUGAUUCUAAUGACAAAGAAGAUGUUGUUGACAUUGUCGAAAACACCAAUACUCCUUCUGUAAAUACGAAGCCAUCGAAAUACAGAGCUCAUGCUGGUCCGUCAGUGACUGGAAAGAUGAAAGAAGAAGACGAUGAAGAAGAGGAAGAGAACAUGGAUAUUGAGCUUGGCAAAUUAUCUUCCACCGCUGACCCUCAUAAAAAAGCCAAAAUGCAGUCUAUUUUAUCACAGUUCACAGAGGAACAAAUGAGCAGGUAUGAAUCAUUCCGACGAUCAGGAUUUCAGAAAUCAAAUAUGAAAAGAUUGUUAGCAAGCAUUACUGGAAGCGCAAAAAUUUCUGUACCAAUGACAAUUGUGGUGUCGGGGAUAGCAAAAAUGUUUAUUGGUGAGCUUGUUGAAACAGCCAGAAUUGUCAUGGCCGAGAGAAAAGAAAGUGGGCCAAUCAGGCCCUGCCACAUUAGGGAAGCAUACAGAAGACUAAAACUUGAAGGCAAGCUACCAAAAAGAUCAGUGCCGAGGCUCUUCAGGUAGAUUGACCUGGAGGCAACUUUGUGGGAUUUGAUUUGAAGGAUCCACAUUGUAACUAGAAGGGGCUAGCUGGUUAUUCCAGAGUUCUCUUGAAAGCCGUGAUUAAUUAAAAGGAAGGCUUCUGCAAAUGCUUACUCAGAAAAUAACAAGGAUAUGUUUAUGAAAUAUUGUAGAGAGGCAUGCAUAGUUGUUUCAUCUGACUAUAUAUACUAUGUUUGGUUGUUUCUCGGGUACUUUAGAGGUUGAUAUUGCCAUUGACUGGUUAACUGGUUUCAUAUGCACUGGAUCAACACUUCAGAGGCCCUUCAUGUCUCAUACAUGUUGUGCAGCCUAAAACAAAAAUACUUCUCUGAGUUCUAUUUUUUCCUC